CGUCAGUGAAUCCACUGAAACAAGCGACUCUGGUUACGCGAAGGGGAGCAGAGAAGACCCGGUUCUUUUAGUCUGGUACCGUUUGGAAAGCGUUAGUUUCACCGGCACAGUGAAAACAUGCCCUUGAGACUGGACAUCAAGCGGAAGCUGACCGCAAGGUCGGACCGCGUGAAAAGCGUGGACCUGCACCCGACCGAGCCGUGGAUGCUGGCCAGCCUGUACAACGGCAGCGUGUGCGUCUGGAACCACGAAACACAGACCCUGGUGAAGACCUUCGAGGUGUGCGAUCUGCCAGUAAGAGCGUCCAAGUUCGUGGCCCGGAAGAACUGGGUCAUCACCGGAGCGGAUGACAUGCAGAUCCGCGUCUUCAACUACAACACCCUGGAGCGGGUUCACAUGUUCGAGGCCCACUCCGAUUACAUCCGCUGCAUCGCCGUCCACCCCACACAGCCCUACAUCCUCACCAGCAGCGAUGACAUGCUGAUCAAGCUGUGGGACUGGGAGAAGAAGUGGUCCUGCAGCCAGGUGUUCGAGGGCCACACCCACUACGUCAUGCAGAUCGUCAUCAACCCCAAAGACAACAACCAGUUUGCCAGUGCCUCCCUUGACAGGACUAUCAAGGUUUGGCAGCUGGGUUCAUCCUCACCUAACUUCACUCUGGAGGGUCAUGACAAAGGGGUUAACUGCAUCGACUACUACAGUGGAGGGGACAAGCCCUACCUCAUAUCUGGAGCCGAUGACCGGCUAGUCAAGAUCUGGGACUACCAGAAUAAGACUUGCGUGCAGACAUUGGAGGGACACGCCCAGAACGUGUCGUGUGUCAGCUUCCACCCCGAGCUGCCCAUCAUCAUCACAGGCUCUGAGGAUGGUACAGUGCGGAUCUGGCACUCCAGCACGUAUCGGUUGGAGAGCACGCUCAACUACGGCAUGGAGCGCGUGUGGUGCGUGUGUGGUCUUCGCGGCUCCAACAAUGUGGCGCUAGGUUACGACGAGGGCAGCAUCAUCAUCAAGCUUGGCCGUGAGGAGCCGGCCAUGUCCAUGGACACCAACGGGAAGAUCAUCUGGGCCAAGCACUCUGAGGUCCAGCAGGCCAACCUGAAGGCCAUGGGUGACGCCGAGAUCAAGGAUGGGGAGAGGCUGCCCCUCGCGGUCAAGGACAUGGGCAGCUGCGAGAUCUACCCCCAGACCAUCCAGCACAACCCCAACGGCAGGUUUGUGGUGGUGUGUGGGGAUGGAGAGUACAUCAUCUAUACGGCCAUGGCCUUGAGGAACAAGAGUUUUGGCUCGGCGCAGGAGUUUGUCUGGGCACAUGACUCCUCAGAGUACGCAAUCCGUGAAAGCAACAGCGUGGUGAAAAUCUUCAAGAACUUCAAGGAGAAGAAGUCCUUCAAGCCAGACUUUGGGGCUGAAGGUAUCUACGGUGGGUUCCUACUGGGCGUCAGGUCUGUGAACGGCUUGGCGUUCUACGACUGGGAAAACACGGAGCUGAUCCGGCGCAUCGAGAUCCAGCCCAAACACAUCUUCUGGUCGGACUCUGGGGAGCUGGUGUGCAUCGCCACGGAGGAGUCCUUCUUCAUCCUCAAGUACCUGUCCGAGAAGGUGGCGGCGUCACAGGAGUCCAACGAGGGGGUGACAGAGGACGGCAUCGAGGACGCCUUUGAGGUCCUGGGUGAGAUUCAGGAGAUUGUGAAGACAGGACUGUGGGUGGGAGACUGCUUCAUCUACACCAGCUCUGUCAACAGACUGAACUACUUUGUGGGCGGAGAGAUCGUCACCAUUGCCCAUUUGGACAGGACCAUGUACCUCCUGGGCUACAUUCCCAAGGACGACCGUCUGUACCUGGGAGACAAGGAGCUGAACAUCGUCAGCUACUCGCUGCUGGUGUCCGUGCUGGAGUACCAGACGGCCGUCAUGCGGCGGGACUUCGGCAUGGCCGACAAGGUGCUGCCCACCAUUCCCAAGGAGCAGCGCACCCGCGUGGCCCACUUCCUGGAGAAGCAGGGGUUCAAGCAGCAGGCUCUGGCCGUGUCCUCUGACCCGGAGCACAGGUUCGAGCUGGCCCUGCAGCUUGGAGAGCUCAAGAUCGCCUACCAGCUGGCUGUGGAGGCAGAGUCUGAACAGAAGUGGAAGCAGCUAGCGGAGCUGGCCAUCAGCAAGUGCCAAUUCGGGCUGGCGCAGGAGUGCCUCCACCACGCCCAGGACUACGGCGGGCUGCUGCUGCUGGCCACCGCCUCCGGCAACGCCAACAUGGUCGCCCGUCUGGCCGAGGGCGCCGAGCGCGACGGCAAGAACAACGUGGCCUUCAUGACCUACUUCCUGCAGGGGAAGCUGGACCACUGUCUGGAGCUCCUGAUCCGGACCAAUCGGCUGCCAGAGGCUGCGUUCCUGGCCCGCACUUACCUGCCCAGCCAAGUUUCCAGGGUGGUGAAACUCUGGCGGGAGAGCCUGUCCAAGGUGAACCAGAAGGCGGCCGAGUCGCUGGCCGACCCCACCGAGUAUGAGAACCUGUUCCCAGGGCUGAGGGAGGCCUUCGUGGCCGAGCAGUACCUGAAGGAGACCUGCAUGGGGAAGACCAGGCCGGCCACUGACUACCCACUGGUUACGCCCAAUGAGGAGCGGAAUGUGCUGGAAGAGGCCAGAGGCUAUGAACCAAAAGAAGCGCCCCCAACCACACAGGCUGAGCCGGGUGAGGAAGCCCCAGCUUCGGCAGGCGUAAUGGCAUCAGUCAUGGCAGCCGUGGCCGCUCCUGUCGCCGCGGCUGUGGCCGCCGUGGCUCCUACAUCCACAGAGGUAGAGGAGGAAGACAUCCCCGGCCCUUCGCCUGCGGCAACGGCUUCAGCGGCAAAUGAAAAAGAUGACAAGGUCCUGGAUGACCUGGAAGACGACCUGGACAACAUGGAUCUGGACGACAUCGACACGACAGAUGUGAACCUGGACGAUGACUUCUUAGACGACUAACACGCAAUAUGAUCUCGGUUAUUUAAGAGACCAAACGCUUUCCAUUUGUAUUUAUGUUAUUCCCACAGGGGGUAGGUAUAGGGGGGAGAGUGAUUUAGGGGGGAGGGUGGGGGUUGGAGACAGAACCUGUGGAGAGGGAGGAGUGAGUAGAUGAUGAUUGCACUGCCUGCACCACAGAAGAAGAAAAAGAAAUUGUGUUUAUUGUUUAUGAAUUUUGUACUUUAUACAGGAGACCUGGUACUCUGAAGCCCACCUGUGCAUUAAGGUGUAUUUGCGUCCUGCAUAUGUUCCCUGACUAUUGCAAAUCAUACAUCACUAAAUCUCAAAUAAAUGGCAAUAUUAA